CCGGACAUUGGAGGAUCAUCUUGAGCACCUUCGACGAGUGUUGGAGACGCUCCGCCAUGCCAAGUACAAAGCCAACUGCAACAAGUGUGAAUUUGUCCGGCAAGAGCUGGAAUACUUGGGCCAUUUUGUCACACCGGAGGGCAUCAGUCCGUUGUCAGAUAAGAUUGAAGCCAUCCAAGAGNAGUCCGUUGUCAGAUAAGAUUGAAGCCAUCCAAGAGUGGUCGGAGCCGCGGAACGUCACGGAUGUCCGUUCGUUCCUUGGCCUUGYCGGCUACUACCAACGUCUUAUCAAGGGAUACUCGAAGAUUGUGGCCCACUUGACCAACCCACUAUUGCCAACGCGCGUCAAUACGGAUGCGUCCGACUAUGGCAUUGGGGUCGUCCUCGAACAACACGAUGGCGUGGGCUGGCACGUGGUCGAGUACUUCAGCAAGAAAGUGUCCGUCGUGCACUCCAUUGAUGAUGCACGCAAGAAGGAGCUCCUAGUCUUCGUCCACGCGCUCAAGCGGUGGCGGCACUUCCUCCUUGGUCGAAGUCAAUUCCGAUCGGUAACGGACAACAAUCCGUUGGUCUUCUACAAGACCCAAGACACCGCCAAUGGCACCAUCGCCCGUUGGAUGACUUUCAUCGACCAAUUCGACUUAUUUCCCGAUCACAUUCCCAAGAAGUCUAACCGUUUUGCGGAUGUGCUUCCACGGCGUCCGGAUCAUUGUACCGCAGUGUAUUCGACCUUCGAGAUCGGCGAUGACCUGCGGGACAGCUUCAUCCGCGGCUACCAAGCCAACCCCGAGUUUCGUGACAAAUACGUGAAUUGCUCCUCUCCUAAUCUGACGCCUUCCCACUACCGGAUCCAAGAGGGGUACUUGCUUGUCCACACGUGGGGGAAGGACCUUCUUUGCGUACCGAGUGACUCUCACUUGCGUACACAGCUUCUUAGCGAGUUCCACGAUGUUCCCGCCACCGGACACUUUGGAGUCAAUCGCGCGAUUGGCCGACUUCGCGAGCGAUUUUGGUGGUCCGGUCUUCUUGGCGACGUCAUACGCUAUUGUGAGUCAUGCGAGGUUUGCCGACGCUGCAAAUCCAGCAACCAUCGUCUGUACGGCGAGUUGCGACCAUUACCGGUCCCCUUGCGCCGCGGGGAAGUGAUUGUCAUGGACAUUACCGGGUCGUUCCCCAAGCACAAGACCGGUGUGGAUGGGAUUCUUACGGUGGUCGACCAACUCACCAAGUUCGCCAGGUUUUUGCCUUACCGCUAUCAUGCCAAGGCACCGGAGUUGGCCAAAAUUCUUUACGCUGUUUGGAUUCGAACCAAGGUUUACCCCAAGGAAAUCGCUUUCGACCACAACACUCGGUUCAUGUCCGAUUUUUGGUUGGCGCUCAUCAAACGAUGGGACUCAUCUCUCAAGCCAAGUUCGACUUGCCACCCCCAACCGAUGGCCAAAACGGAGAGGGCGCAUCAGACCGCACAGGUUCUCCUUCGCACUCUUAUCCGUCCUGACCAAAAGGAUUGGGUUGAGCGGCUGCCGAAUAUCGAGUUGGCAUACAACUCUUCCAUCUACCCGGCUAUCGGGAUGUCGCCCUUCGAGUUCGGGCACAGCUCGCCGGUCACUUCUCCGUUGGACACAAUUAUUCCACGAACGGUCGAGAGCGACGACCAUCUUUUUUUCUUACGUCGAAUGCAAGAGCUACUUGUCCAGGCACGCGACCAGAUGGCUAGGACGCAGCAACGCAUGAGCCAACAGGCCAAUCGCCAGCGUCUUCCUUGCCCAUUCCGCGUCGGCGAUCUCGUUUGGGUUUCCGCCGCAGAGUUCAUCCUUGAACAAGACAUCUCUCGCAAGCUCCUCCCGAAAUGGAUGGGGCCCUGGCCGAUCGUGGCACCCGCUAGGGAUGCACCCGAAGGACCUUCAUUCACCAUUCAGGUGCUCGCCCACUUGCCCGUCCACCCGGUUUUUCAUUGCUCCAAGUUGGCUCUUUACACGCCAGCACAACAUGAUGACUUUCCCGGGAGACGAUCGCAAGACCCGCCCUCUAUGGACGGUUUUCAAGAGGUCGGCGACAUCAUCUCCCAGCGACGCUACGGCAACAGGCCAACCGAGUAUUUGGUACACUUUGCGUACUUCACUCACAAGGCUGACCAUUGGUUGACCCGUGUAGAACUCCAAGCAACAGCUCCAGAUGUUCUUGCACGCUACGAAUGCAAGAUGUAAGGCAAGCCGGUAUCUUCGGCUCCACAUCGCACCCGCGU